AUGUCUUACCCCCAGCGAUUUGAUCGGGGUGCGCCGGCAGCUCAGUAUGGAGCCUUACACCUUCCUAUUGGCUGGCAGGCCGCGUACUCACCGGAAGGUGAAGUGUAUUACAUUGAUCACAACACCCGCACCACACAUUGGCAGAUACCCCCAGAGGUGCUGCAACGCACAAAUCAGGCCCCAGGAUACCGUGUGGGACGAGUGCGUCGUGGAAUUGAUCAAACAAAGCUAAAGACAAAGAUGUGCAUGAAUAUUCAAAAUGGAGGGAAGUGCACGUGGGGUGACAGCUGCGCCUUUGCACACAGCUCGGAUGAGCUUGCAGUACUUCCACACGGUACUGGUAACCAACGCGGUGGAGAUGGAAACCCUUACCGCAUGAAAACUACUGCUAACGGUACUAACAGCAAUAACACCAAUAGCAACGGUGUUAAUGAUAUCAAUAAUAACAACAACACUACCGACGGAUCUGGUAGUGGGGCUCAUGGCAGUGGUCCUACAAACUACAUGGAAAUACAACAAGCUCAACAGACAAUGAUGCCUGCGCAGACUCCAGCUGCUCCGGCACAGCAGCAGCAACCGCAAGAAUAA